AGAGUACCGAGCAAAGGUGGUGACCACGGGACAUAUGUGGAGACUGAGCAUGGACAUGUUCUUCCCCGUGGAGGAGAGGAUGGUGUCGGGCAAGAGGGGGGCGGCACCGGUGGUAAGGGGGUGAGGGAGGGUGGGGGUGAGGGCUCGGGCAUGGGGGGCCUGGACACGGACACGGGCACGGGUAUGGGGAUCCUGGACACGGACAUGGGCACGGGUAUGGGGAUCCUGGACACGGACACGGGUACGGGCAUGGGGGUUCUAGACACGGACAUGGGCACGGGUAUGGGGAUCCUGGACACGGACACGGGUACGGGCAUGGGGGUUCUAGACACGGACAUGGGCACGGGCACGGGGGUCCUGGACACGGACACGGGCGUCGCCACAGCCGGAGAACGCACCAUCGCCACAGCUGGGGAACCGACCAGCGAUACGAUCGAUCAUCCCACCUGGGCCUGGAACUACGGCUUUGUCAUCCCGCCGCCGCCAUCAAGCCUCGGCUCUGAGCCGUCGUUCCUCGCCGACAUCGCGGCGUACACUCGGGCCUCAACAGCCCGGUCGCGUGCGGCGCAGGCCUCGCCAUCAGUCGCCGCACGCGCCAAGGCUGGCUUUCCACGCGAAAUGCGUCCGACUGUGUGGCGUGCGUUCAUCGGGACAAAUCCGUCCCAUGACUACGCUGCUCUCACAGAGGCAGUCGCCUCUGGCUCUCUCGGUGAGCUGACCAGCACCACCGCUUCCACACUGGAAGAGCUUGAAGACCAGAUCGCCAAGGACUCGACGCGAACCUUUCCGGGCCAUCCACUCUUCACGCCGCUCGACCCCAACGCGCCGCCGUCAGCUGCGCAAAUCCCGUACCUCACCGCUAUGCGCCGCGUUCUCCUCAUCUUUGCCGCCACCCAUCCGGCCAUCGGCUACUGCCAGGGCCUCAACUACAUCGCCGCCGCUCUGCUGAGCUUUGCCACCACCGGCACACCAGACGUUUCGCUCGAGGCCGAGACCCUCACAUACGACCUCCUCUGUGCCCUCCUUCCUUCGCUGCCCGACUACCACGGCCACAACCUACUCGGCUUUCAGGUCGAUGUCUGCCUCGCCGAGCACGAUCUGCCGCUCGACAUGGUAGUCACGCCAUGGCUCAUCACGCUCUUCACCUCGGUCCUCCCGCUUGAGACCACCGCUCGCAUGCUCGACUGCUUCAUCUGCAUCACUCCGCUCGUUGUCCUCAAGACCGCGCUUGCUCUGUUCCUUGUCCUCUCGCCCGCGCUUCUCGCCGCUUCUUCGCGCGCCGAGCUCAUGGAGCUCCUCCGCCGGGGGCCCGAGUCUUGGUACGAUGCCGACGAGCUCAUCGCCACCGUUUUCUCGCCCGUCUGCGAGCUUGACCGCUCCAAGCUGGAGCACUUUCGCGACCUUGCCCGCGCUUCCAUCGUCGACGACCCCAACUUUGUGUUUGGCUCCGCAGAGCCCAGCGCGGCGCCGCACGCCGGCCCGCGCGGCUCGCGCAUCGCCGCCGUACGCCGCGCUGUCGAGGGUCUUGUGGCAGAAGCCGCUCUCGCCUCGGAGAUCACCGACGCCUCGCCCUCGCUGCUGGAGUUCUGCCAGGCCUUCGAGGCCGUCAUGCGCCACGGCUUCAAAGACCGCAGCGGCGGCCUCUUCUCCCGCACCCCGCGCGAGUUUUGGGAGUACGUCGAAAAGGUCCGCAAGUACCAUCCUCACGCGGCGCCCACCAUCAAGUCCAUCGCCGCCAUGUCCGAGCUCCGCUCCCCGCUCGGUCGUGCCCGGGCCUGGAUCCGCGCCGCGCUCGUCGAGGCCCGCCUGGAAGAGUAUCUUGUCGCCCUUCUCAACCACACCAACCUGACCAAGGAGUGGUAUGCUGAUCACGCCGUUCUCCGCUCCCAUGUCGACGUGCUUGCGCUCCUCGCCCAGCUUGCUCGCCUCUCCUCCAUCAACUUUGCACUCUGUGCCCGCGACGUCGACCUCGACUCCUCGUGGCGGCCGCUCUCCGGCGUCAACGCCACGCCGGCUCCUGCUCGUGCCGCCGCCCUCGGCUCCGACGCUGUGGGCCUCCUGCCCGACCCCGAAUCUCGCGCUCCACACCGCUGCCCGCUCUGUGGUGACCGCUACGCGCAGCCCAAGAUGCUUGACUGCCUUCACUCGUUCUGCGCACUUUGCCUCAUCAGCCUCGUCGCUGCCAGCGUCCGUGCCGGCUCUCCUGCGUCGGUCGCCUGCCCCGAGUGCUCGGUCCAUACCGCGCUCGCCACUUCCCAUCCGCUGCCCAAAGCCGAGCUUGCCGCUGCCCUGCACGCCCUUCUGUUACCCGGGCCGCAUCGCGCCGCCCUUGCCGCCGCGUCCGCCGCCCAACAGCACCCGGAAACAUCGCCGGCCCGCAAGCACCCGCGCACGCCAGAGCCGACCCAGCCUGAGCCAGCAGAACCGAGCGAUGCCGAUGGGCUCAGCUUUGAUAUGCGCGGUGAGCUUGUCGAGUCGCCUGCCCGCCAGAACCUCCGGAUCCAUCUCCUCAUGGGUGAUCACGUCGAUGACGCCACUUUGCUCGCAGCCUCGGCCGUCCUCCUCCUCCCCACAAACGUUGUGCUUGAGCGCGACGUGGUCGGACUCUGCUCGCAGUGCGACGAGUGGCCCGGCACGUGCUCGUGCAAGGUCUGCGGCGUCCGUCUCUGCAAGCUCCACGCCCGCGUCCACCACAAGAUUACCCUCCUCUCUCACCGAGUCUUGCCGUCGCUCCCGCCACCGCCGCUCCCGCCGCUCUGUCCCAUCCAUCCCGAGUACCCGCUCGCUUUGCAGUGCAUGCCGUGUGCUAAAGCGCUCUGCGGCGCGUGUGUCGAGAGCGGCCGCCAUGCCGCGCAUCACACGUUGCCGCUCACGGUGCACGGAGCCAACGCCCGCAACGAGCUCACUGCUGCCGCAGCUCACAUCGCCGCCACCCGCACCGCCAUCGUACCGCACAUGCCCUUCGCCGCCAGAGAAGCCCGGGCUCUCGCCGACGCCCGGUCGUCGGUCACGGCCGCCUUUGCGACUCUCCGCGCAGCCGUCGACGCCGCAGAAGCCCGCUGCUUAGCCUCGCUCGAGACAGCCGAGCUCGACGGCGUCGCCGCGCGGGCGUCGCGUGGCGUUCCUGCUCUCCGCUACAACAUGCUUGCGCGCGCCCUGCCGCUCCUGGACCACGCGCAAGUAACCGUCGAUGCUACCAUCGCCUCUGCCACGGACACCGAGCUUGGCCUUCUCGAGCCUGUGCUCACUCGGCACUUGGCGACGCUUCCGGCUGGCGGCAUAGACCUUGACGCAGCAACGUCGUCACCAGAGGCAGAGGCUGCUCGCUGUAACGCCCGCGACCGGCUCGUCGCCGCCGCCACGGCGCUCGAUGUCUCCGACAUGGUCGCCCAGCUCGCCGCGCUAAACCUGUAGCUGGUGUUGCGAUCUUGUUCAUUUGGGACGAGUGGACCGCC